AUUCUCCCAAAUUUUUACGGGCGUUGCUCUUAAAUCCUCCUAGCAUUGCUGCCGAAGGACUUGGUCGUUAAUCAACUGAAAACCAGUGAAAGAAGAGAGCAACUGUGUUUGUGAGAGAGAAUCUAGCCAUACCCAUCUUCUGAGCUGAAUUAAGCAAGAUAAUUGAACCUGUUAAGUUAUUCUGUGCUUACAAGCUACUCCGCAUUCGAGCUUGGAGCAAUCUGAUAGAGAUUUGUUGACGCCUCGAUUUUUUAACAAAACUGAGAUGGCACGCUUAGCUCUAUAAGGGGAGGGAAAGUCGUCUCUUCUACUACUUCUUCAUUUCUUCAGAUACAUAUUUCAAACAUCUAACAUGGGUUCGCCAGGGGAUUCAACACCUGAAACAAAUUAUCAGAAACCUCCUGCAAUUCGACUCGUUAAGUACACAAGGAAUUCUGCUAUCUCCUUCAGAACAUACCAAGCCAUUGUUCUAAUCGUGACAUUUCUAGCGUAUGCGAGCUACCAUGCUGCCCGGAAGACCGCCAGCAUCGUCAAAAGCGCCCUCGACCCCGGGGCGUCAAGGGCGGGGCUGACCUUACCAUCAUGGCCGAGAGACCACUUCCUUGCAGAGAAUAAGCAAGUCUCCACUGCUCUCAGGAAUGGCUGGGCCCCUUUCAAUGGAACAGAUGGAGCAGCAAUGCUAGGAGAUCUCGACCUGGCUUUCCUCUCAGUUUACUCCUUGGGAAUGUACUUUGCUGGACAUUUAGGCGAUCGAUUGGAUUUGAGGAUCUUUUUGACAGUGGGAAUGCUCGGGACUGGUCUCUUCACUUCUCUCUUUGGGUUUGGGUACUGGUUUAACAUCCAUAACUUCUACUACUUUUUGAUGGUUCAGAUGAUUGCGGGUCUUUUCCAGUCGACUGGAUGGCCUUCAGUCGUUGCAGUGGUGGGAAACUGGUUUGGGAAGAAAAAGCGAGGACUGAUUAUGGGUAUUUGGAAUGCACAUACAUCUGUUGGGAACAUAUCAGGAUCACUGAUUGCUUCAGCUUUGCUGAAGUAUGGAUGGGGUUGGUCCUUUGCCGCUCCUGGUCUUCUUAUUGCUUCUGUGGGGUUGGUGGUUUUUCUGUUGUUGCCUGUAAAUCCAGAGUCUGUUGGUGCCAAGAGCGAAGAAGAUGAACUGCAGUCUCCCAAGAAGGGUAGCGAGGGAAUAACAGAACCUCUGUUGGGUUCAGGAACAGAGGUUGUAAAAGAUAAAGCUGUGGGGUUCAUUGAGGCAUGGAAGAUUCCUGGAGUUGCCCCUUUUGCUCUUUGCCUGUUCUUCUCCAAAUUGGUGGCUUAUACAUUCCUCUAUUGGCUCCCAUUCUACAUCAGCCGCACAGCAAUCAAUGGCAAGUAUUUGUCUGAUGAGACAGCAGGGAACCUGUCUACAAUGUUUGAUGUAGGAGGUGUGAUUGGGGGGAUUCUGGCAGGACACAUUUCAGACCGUCUUGAUGCCAGAGCCAUAACAGCUGCAAGCUUCAUGUACUGUGCAAUUCCAGCUCUCUUCUUCUACCGGAGCUAUGGGCAUGUCUCCUUGUAUGUGAACGUCAUCCUCAUGUUUAUUGCCGGCAUGUUUGUAAAUGGGCCAUAUGCCCUUAUAACAACAGCAGUAUCAGCAGAUUUGGGCACACACAGCUCACUGAACGGGAACUCUCGGGCACUGGCAACAGUAACAGCCAUUAUAGAUGGCACAGGCUCUGUGGGAGCUGCAAUUGGGCCAUUGUUGACAGGCUACAUUUCUGCUAAGAGCUGGAGUGCAGUGUUCACAAUGCUGAUGGCAGCAGCUCUUGUGGCAGGACUGCUUCUCACUCGGCUGGUCGUGGACGAGGUAAAAUCAAAGAUUGAGACUUCAAAGUCUCAAGGGAUUCCCCCAUCAAGAGCACCGGCAAUAGCAGUCGAAGUGUAAAUUAUUUCGGCAAGCGAAGAGGGUAUUUGCUAUUGCUUGUGGUGUGAUUUACAAGAAUGUGUAGCUCUGUUUCAGAGCCCCGGAUGAUGAGAUGAAGGGGUGGAGUGAAAUGGAGCAGUUCCUCUCCUUUGAAUCUAAAAGAUAGGGGAGGAAGUUAUCAUUCCUUCUUCAUUAUUUUAAGGUUGAAGAUGGGAAGGAAGUUUGUUUGUUUUGGUUUUCUCUCCAUUUUUGUACAGGGUUUCUUUUUGGUAAGAUUACAAGGAUGGCCUAAAAUUUUAGAGCCUUUUCUCUUCCCUUUUAUUGGCUUACA